GAGAGAGAGAGAGCGAGAGAGAGCGAGAGAGAGAGAGAGAGAGAGAGGAAAAGUCUCAGUGGUGCACAUAAAUGAUUGACAGCAUAGUGGGACUCCACUAUGUAUUUGCUGGUGUGGAUUUUUUUGCUGGUGUUGAUCUGUGUGUGUGUUCAAUAUGCUAAAUAUCAAAGUGUGCAUGCAUAAGUAGAGCACAACAGUCAUUUCUAUAUCUCUUUAUAGCAGUAAACAAACUUUGAUGAACCCGGUUCUUGCUCUAUUUCCUCCUCUUUCACUAUGACUGGAUUAUUAAGUCGAAAUUUAUAUUGAACGCUGAUAUGAUUUAUGUAGAAUUAUUGUUAUUAGCACAAAAGGCUGAUUCGUUUAUUUGCUUUACUACAUUUUAUUAUUUCCUAUUUCAGUACCUUGUAUUUUAAUAUACAAAGUAUGAUUUCUCACCAACCAUGACUUUUAAAAUAUUGGUUAUAAAAUGUUAUAUUUGUUAUCUUGUAUGAUCGUGUGUUGGACACUUUAAUUUGAAAAUCCAACUCUGUCACCUGAAGAGUAAUGGGUUUAAAAUACUCACUUUUUAUAGUGGCAGCUUUAUUCUUAAAAAAUGUCAACUUUCAAAUUAGUUAUUAAGGUUUUUAAAUCUUAAACAAAUUAUAAUUACAGUAACAGAAACAAUUUCCUGUUUGUAAACUAUAAGUAAAAAACAUUGAAUUCUUGGCCUUUUGUUCCUUUUUAUUGCUCAUAAAUAAAUGCAUUUAUGUACAGAUUUUCUUUUUCUUGAUAUCUUUAAGAUUUUUGUCCUAAUUUAUUUGUAGCCUAACAAUUAACAUUGUUCUUACUUUUGUUAAGACAUUAACAAACAUUAAGCAUCACAAUGUGGCCCUUGACUAUUGGAAGCAAAAUCUCACAAUACGAUUUAAUCUAAAUCCAAAACAAUCCAAAACUCACACAAAAAAAAAGAAAUCAGUGUACUCUUUUAAUUGUGAUACUUGCAAUAAACCCACUCAAAAACAGCAAAUGCCAGAGCAGACAGCGCUUGUGCCCACACAACCUCAGCGCACAUCAUUUUCAAACAGCAUUCGCUUCAAAUAAAAAAAGUAAUCUUCUCCUAAAUGUCAGAGGAGACUUUCUUGGCAAUUGCCACCUCACCGAGAACGUUUCAGUGUGGCCUUCGAGCUGAUGUGUCUGCACACAGUUCCAAAUCUGAUUAGCUUUCCACUCUGUUGAGGUUGAGAAGUUAGACAAGGUUAACCUCCAGCUCCAAAACGUUGUUGGAUACGAGUCUGCACUCUGCUCUGUCUUUGCAAGGUUGGGUUGCCUGAACUGCUCAUAGAAAAAAUAUAUAUAUUGUUCCUCACAAUUCACUACCAGUAAUGAUUUGAUUGCUUCAUUAAAUCCUAUUUCUCCCCGUACUCCAAUUUACCUUUUCUUUCCUUUAUUGCAUUUCUGCAGCAAUAAUUAACAUAAGCGUGUCUGAACCGAUGUUUGGCCUCGUGUCUUUGCCGACGGGGUAAUAGAGUUGCAUUUUCAACCUUGUGCCCGUUUAUCAUUUUGUAGCUUUCUAUACUGACAGGCUUCUGAUUUCUUGCCAUGAAUGAGCUCCGCUGUCACCAAUUCAGCCCUAAUAAGCCAUACCGACGCACUUCACUCGCACCGACUGAAUCACUGAGGCAAAUCAUUCAGAGCACUCCUGCGGCGCUCCUGUUAGCGUAUGAGCCUGUGUGAAUGUGUGUGUUUCUGUGUGUGUGCGUGAAUAUGAAGUGAAAUCUAAUGUAUUCAUAAAAGCUCUUUUAACAACAGGUUCGUCACAAAGUGCUUUGAUGAGAACAAAGGACACCAAUUCAGAUGAAAACUACAGAUAAACAAAAAGAACAAGUAUUGUGUGUAUAUAUAUAUAUAUGCGUGUGUGUGUGUGUGUGCUUGAUGGAUGUGAGGUUUGGUUUUGAGUCAGAGGCAGCCGAAGUCUGAGAGUGUGUGUAGGAUGAUGAGCCUCCUACCACGUCCCUCCCUGUCUCUCAACAACUGUCUCUCUGUCUCCCCCCAAUCACUCCAUCUCUUUUAUGUGCCAACAUGUCUUUCACAAAUAUAGAUUAACGAUUUUAUGAUUGAUUCAAUUUAUUUGUUAAUUACUUUUUUAUGUUAAAUAAAAAGAGUCAUUCAACUGGUGAAACUUCAGUGGAAAGCAUACCUUUCAGACAGUACAAAGGGGGCAUAUAGUCAACAUAUACCACCCAGUAUAUAAUCUGUACGUGCUGCAUCCUUGACUGUUUGUAUGUGUACGUCUGUUUGUGAAUGUGUGAAUAUGUGUGUGUGUGUGUUUGAGUGUGUGUGUGCAUGUUUGUAUCCCUCACAGUGAUUAAAGCAAGUGGGCGGCAGCAGCAACUGGUCUGCCUGUGUGGCUCUGCAUAGCAGACAUGUUUCUCACUGCUAGAUAUUACUCAUUUCCUCAGCCCUUUGCGCACACACACACACACAGUCACAUACACACACACUUGACACGCACACAGUCACAUACACAACAGAGAGAGAGCGACGGAUAGCAGGCUCUCAGUUCUUUCCCUCAGUUUGUUGGGCUCGCUGGUGUUAUUUCAUGCAUGCAGAGAUCAGAGGCAGCGUGUAGCUGGAGGCUGCAUGCAGAUAUCUGCGGGUGUUGGAACUUGUGGCAGUGCUGCUGAGGAGCAGUGUAGCACAGUGGGGAGCUGAGGAGUGGGUUGACCCUCUGGGAGGACUGGAAUAUGAAUGACUGCCAAGACUGGGACGUCUGCUCAGCUCGCACUCAGGUGAGUGGCGCUUCAGUACAACAGACUCAACAGUGAUCUGACAGUGAUGCUGUGUCGCAGCCUUCCCCUCUGUCUGCGCCCCUCGUUCUCCCGUGAGGCCCAUGUGACCUAGCCUUCACCCACACACAGGGGGCCCCCCAGUUCCGCUGGAGCCCACCCAUGAAUCCCAGCCCCGACCGCGGCAAAGAGUGCCUCCCUCCUAAGAAGAGGGAGUCUCGGCAAGGAUCGGUAGAACACCACAUCCCUCUGGACGAGUUUAAACCCCCCGUGCCGCUCCGGAGUCGGUCCAGCGGAGGAGGAGGGGAGGGAGGCAGGGAGGCCAGUGACAGGGGCCGAGCUCUGAUUAACCCAAACCCCCAUCUCCUACAUACUCCUCCACCCCUUCCUGCUCCAGCACCAGGCCUCCCCCUGCCCCUGCCCCUACCAUGGCACCUGAGCUACUCUCCCUCUGUCUCUCUCCCCCUUUUCCCAGGGCAGGUCGGCGAGAGGAGGGGCUCAGGGUCUCCCGCAUGGAGAGAUGAUCCUCUCCCCUCACCCCUGCCCCACCACUCCAGGUGGCUUAGAGGGGAAGGGCCCCUCUCCUUGCCACUUUCCCCAUCUUCCUCCUCCGCUUCCUCAUUCAAGACUCCCUUCCCGGCCGAUUCUCGAGAGAUAUGGUCCUACAUUAACAGCAGCCGGCGGGACAACAGCUCCUCUCUCUUCUCCCCAUCCUACUUGUAUAGUCACAACUCUCUCUACCCUCAAGAUCCAAGCUUUGUUGAAGCCCGACACAGAUACCUGGGCAAGAGGCCCAACGGCCUGGAUGGGCCAGGCAGCAGGACUGCCUCGACCUCCAGGCCUCUGCUCACAGGAGACUAUGGGAACGAUAGCAGCAGAACCAGGCUGGACAUCAGUCCACACAGCUCCCAUACCAACGGUGGACGGAGACAGCAGGAGGAUCUAACGUCCCGUGUCCAUACAGGAGGGCCAUUUUUGCCAGACUCUCAAGCUCAGGAAGGCCCUGAGCCACAUUCCUCACUGCAGGACAGACAUUCGCAUGGGAUAGUUAAGACCAGCUUACUCUCCACCAGUCCCCAUCCUCUCGGACCAGUCCCCAGGGCAGGUCGAGGGGGACUGUUGGACCCCCUCGGAGUUACAUCAGCUGAAGCCCAGAUCUACUACUCCUUGGGAUCGGUGUGCCACCCCUGCCCUCAGGUCCACCCGCUCUACAGCCCCUCAGGAACAGCUCUGUACAACCUGCACAGGGAGCCAGGACCCAGGCAGCACAAUCUAAGGAACUCACCACACUCACCCCUGGGUCUACCUAACAGCCAUGACAGGUCGCAAAGAGACCGGGACAGAGACCAAGAAAGAGACAGAGAAAAACUCAGAGUUAAAGACAAAGAGAAGCACCUACAAUAUGACAAAGACGAAGAAAGAGACAGUGAGCGCGAGAGGCGACGGGACAGAGAAAGAGACAGAGGGAGGGAGCUAUCUCCUUCUCAUCUUCACACCUCACCCCCGGCCCUUCACCCAUCUCCCCCCGCGCUCCUACCUCACUUCACCAAGGGUUCUCUGAUCGAGUUGGCCAGCGGUCGAUUGAAGCGGGUAGAGGAGCUGCGGACCGAGGACUUCCUGAGGAGCGCAGAUACCUCCCCAGAGUUCCACCUCAGCACCUGCACCGUGCUGCUGAUUUCCCCCAGCAGUGCUCAAGGCUUCAGCCACCUGCAGGUCCACCUCACAGACCGCAACACUCAGGAGUUACUGAAGGUCUUGGUGGAGUAUCCGUUCUUUGUGCAGGACCGAGGCUGGUCUUCUUGCUGCCCCCAGAGAACCACGCAGCUGUAUGGCCUGCCCUGCCGCCAGCUCAUGGAGGGGGAUGUCUGCCUGGCUCUCACCCCCACCCCGACCCAAACCCACCGGACACACACGCGUACCGGCUCCAGGGCCCAUCGCACGCAACUCCUCCCCACCAAGGCUGCAGGAGAACCCAGCAGAUCGCACAGGGAGGAGAUGCCGCCUCCACCUCCUCCUCCCCCUCUUCCUCUUCCUCACCACCCAGCUCCUACUGCGCCGGCUCCUCCUCGUGCUCCGGCUGUAGAGCCUCCCACCCCGGAGCAGCCGCGUCCACGCAAACGGCGCUGGUCUGCCCCGGAUACCCUUCACUCAACUGGAACUGAUAACAGCCUCCUGGAUUUACCUCAUGGCUCCAAGCUAAUGAAGUGGCAGUAGAAUCUUGGAAAUGCAUACGUCUACAUGCAUACUUACACACACACACACACACACACACGUGUAUAAGCAUACAUACACACCCUCCUUGUCUCUGUUGCACCCACCAAGACAAACAAUGGAGAGACCUCAAGGUAGGGUUGCAGGGAAGGAAUUUUUAAAAAAACAAUAGAAAACGCAAUUUACGGGUGUCCACACUGCUGCCCGAAAUGUUAACCUAGUCCAUCCUAGUCUGACCCUAUUUGUAUCCUCCUUUCCUUUCCUUUUCCUCUCCUUUCCUUCCCUCAACCUCACUUAGAACAGCCCUGAGAGGAGCAGCAGCUGAAGGAUCUCUAGAUGGCUCCUUACUGACACACUGAAGACAUUUAGUGAGACAAUCAAGCACUUGUCUGUGGUCACUCUGUUUUUGUAAUGGUUGUCCCACACACCUACUUACUGACAGUGUUUUCUGCAGGGUAUCGAUUUUCAAUCAGUGUUAUGAAAGUAAACGCUAUUGAAGAAGUGCAGAUAUAUAUGAACAAAUAUAUAUAUAUAU